AUGCCUGUUGUGAAUCCCACAGCCACUUCCCUGCCGGAGGAACCCCAGACAUCUGAGUCUCGGCCUAUGAGCCGUCUCGAAAUAGGCCUUAUUGUUGGAGUCACCGUUGUCUUCGUCACCUUGAUCUUUUUCAUCUUCCUCGUCCGAGCCCUGGACCACCGUCGUCGCAAAAGGCUGCUGAGGAGAAUGGCCGAAGAUGCCAGAAACCGUACUCCCGAAGAGGAGAUAUUGUGCCGCCGGCUGGCAUGGCUACAAAUUGAGCGCAUCACACAAAGCCUGCGUUGCGUGUGGGUGGAUAAAGACAACAAUCCAACAGAUCCACCCCCCGAAGUCGUGGAAUUUCACCGACGCAAGGGUCGUAUCCCGUACCAGCAGCCGCACAUGCCGCCAGAGCCACAGUCGAAGGAUGCGAACUAA